AAAUUCGACCCCAUCGAGGCCACCAACCGUUUGCGCCUUGAAACCCUUCAGACAACUGAGACUAUUUCUGCCCAAACAUCGCAGAAUCCAGCCUCAACAUGGCCUCCAAAGUAGCAAACCGCCCCGACUGGGCUGACGAUGAAGAGCUUGAUGAUAACGCCCUCGAGCUGCCACCGCAACAAAUCACGACCAACAAGGAUGGAACGAAGACUAUCACCACAUACCGUAUCAACGAUGAAGGCAAGAAGGUCAAGACGACGCGCCGGAUCCGCACAACCGUUGUGAAGGAGGUCGUCAACCCUCGUGUGGCGGAACGCAAGGGAUGGAGCAAAUUUGGACUGUCGGCAAAGGAUAAGGCAGGACCAGCUGUGGACACAACGACCGUCGGCGAGAACAUCAUUUUCAAGCCCAGCGUCAACUGGCGCAAGGACGCGAAAGAGGAGAAGGUCGAGGUCGGAAGCAUGAAGGAUAAGCUGAAGGACAAGAAAGUCAAGUGCAGAAUCUGUACUGGAGAGCAUUUCACAGCCAAGUGUCCCUACAAGGACACCAUGGCACCAGUUGGCGAGGAGGGCACAGCUGAUGUUGCUGCCGGCGCUGGCGAUGUGGCCGAGGGCCCAGGAGGCUUAGGGACAGGAAAGAGCUCAUAUGUCCCCCCACAUAUGAGGAAUGGCGCGGGCGGUGCGGCGGCUGGUGGCGAGCGCAUGGGUGGCGGAAAGUACGCAGAGAGGGACGACCUGGCCACUCUCCGUGUUACCAACGUUUCCGAGCUGGCAGAGGAGGACGAGUUACGCGCUAUGUUCCAGAGAUUUGGCCACGUCACAAGGGUUUUCCUCGCGAAGGACAGGGAGACGGGCAUGGCGAAGGGAUUUGCUUUCAUUUCUUUCACAAACCGCGACGAUGCUGCGAAGGCAUGUUCGGCGAUGGAUGGUUUCGGUUUCAAGCAUCUCAUUCUCAGGGUCGAGUUUGCCAAGAAGGCUACUUAAAGGGUCUUAAUUUGCAUUUACUUGACGUGUGUUUCGAUAGAGAUAAAGACUACGGCAUUAUGAAUGAAGAGCUCUUCCAACGAUUAA